CCGCUUCCGCUGGGGAAAGAGCAGCACCGCAGUCAUGAGUCCCUUCAAGUUCGUGGAUAUUGGUAUCAACUUGACAGAUCCUAUGUUCAGAGGAAUUUAUAGGGGGGUUCAAAAGCACCAAGAUGACUUACAAGAUGUAAUACAGAGAGCUGUCCAAAUUGGUGUUAAAAAGUUUAUGAUUACAGGUGGAAAUCUGCAAGACAGUAAAGAUGCACUGCAUUUGGCACAAACAAAUGAUAUGUUUUUCAGUACAGUUGGAUGUCAUCCUACAAGAUGUGGUGACUUUGAAAAGAAUAACCCUGAUCUUUACUUUGUGGAAUUGCUAAAUCUUGCUGAAAACAACAAGGGGAAAGUUGUAGCAGUAGGGGAGUGUGGUCUUGAUUUUGACCGACUACAGUUUUGUCCCAAAGAUACCCAGCUCAAAUAUUUUGAGAAACAAUUUGAAUUGUCAGAACAGACAAAAUUACCAAUGUUUCUUCACUGUCGAAACUCACAUGCUGAAUUUUUGGAUAUAAUGAAGAGAAAUAGAGAUCGGUGUGUAGGUGGAGUAGUGCAUUCAUUUGAUGGUACCAAGGAAGCAGCAGCUGCUUUGAUUGACUUGGAUCUCUAUAUAGGAUUUAAUGGUUGCUCACUGAAAACUGAGGCUAAUUUGGAAGUUUUGAAGUCAAUACCUAUUGAAAAAUUAAUGAUUGAGACUGAUGCACCUUGGUGCGGAGUCAAAAGUACACAUGCUGGUUCAAAGUAUGUAAAAACUUCAUUUCCCACCAAAAAGAAAUGGGAAAAUGGACACUGUUUGAAAGACAGAAAUGAACCUUGCCAUAUAAUUCAAAUACUGGAGAUCAUGUCAGCAGUAAGAGAUGAGGAUCCAGUGGAAUUAGCCAACACACUAUAUAACAAUACCAUUAAAUUAUUUUUUCCUGACAUGUAAUUGGUAUGUCUUCCAUUUUCCAUCAUGUAUGUAAAAUUGCAUGGUAAAACUUAGUGAAAGUUUCAAUAAAGGAAUUCUCUGGAAGUUGUCCAUAAAGAGGCAUUACAUAUCACUGCACACCGUCCCCUUAUUUUUAUCCAUAAAAUCAGGAUUUUUCUUAGCUUCAAAGAAUAACCACCACCAAAUGUUUCAUUUUAUAAUUUCUUUUAAAAGUCCAAAAGGACAAAUUUUAUAUCAUUGCUGCAAACAUAGAAUGGCUAACAGAUACACUGAUUUUUACAUUAAAAUUAAACACGUUCUGGUUCAUGCCAGAUACAAGUUGAUGUAAGCCUGUUUCUCAACUCACAGUCUCCAAGUCUGGACUUUCAAAUUCAGCUCAGCUACAGCGCUACACUAAAACUUCAAAGUCUUGAUCACUUCUGGCAAACUACUUUCUCCUUAGUUUAU